AUGGCUACCUUUAUUUCUCCUAUACUAGGCCGCGACGGCUCUCCUGAGAGUGAUUAUGGAUCCGACUUUUCAUUAGGAGAAGAGGGUAUUGUAAAUCAACUUCUCGAAGACCUCGGGAAUUCCACUGCUUCGCCAAGCCAAUCCACGAGCACCGAUACUAGUUACACGCAGUUCGUCUUGCCCGCUGAUGUAGCUACCAAAGUUGCUAGUGGCCUAUCUAACCCCUCGCUAUUUUUUGGAAAAGAACAUCGCCAUCGUGUCUUGGAUUCGCAUAGCCCUCCGGAGAACGCUCCGCAGAGGGAAGUCAAGACGUCUGCAUCUAAUCGCACAGAGUAUCAUGACGACCCAACCACCCAUCCGACUGCACUCGCCCAACCAUCCGCGGCGUUGGAUGACGUACAGUACCCGGAUUUGAGUCGCGUCCUUCCUGAUACAAAUACCAUUACGAUUCCCGAACUUGCAUCUUCCGAACCAACGAAGGACUCACGGUCCCCUCUCCAGCGUCUUCGCUCCUUUCCGAAGAAGCCACUCACUGUAUCUGACCUGGCUUCCGGCGCCUGGUGCGAACUACAAUACUGGUAUACCCUUACACGACUGCCUGGUGGAAAGAAGACAAAAACGGCCGCAAUGCGAGGCGGCUCUCGCGUUCACCAGGCGCUAGAGGAUCAGGUACACACCGCCAUUCAAGUUAGUGUAUCAAGUAAAGAGGAGGCCUUCGCGUUGAGGCUGUGGAAUCUCAUACAGGGGCUUCGUACACUUCGAGACACCGGAAUGACUAGGGAACUCGAAGUAUGGGGAAUUAUCGAGGGACAAAUAGUCAAUGGCAUCGUAGACGAAUUAAGCCAUGAAAGUCCGAAUGCCGCUUUUGAGCAAGAACUCCAUUUAUCCCAAUCAUCUGAGGAGUCUACCACGGUAGACCCGAGACAACAAGCUACUAUAACCGAUUAUUUAGAACAUCAGCACAAAAAGGUUUACUUGACUGAUGUCAAAACUCGAGGGUCCGAGAGACUACCUACCGGGGCAGCGUUGAGACCGGCCAGGGUUCAAUUAUUCUUAUACCAUCGUCUCUUAGGCGAAAUGGCCGCUGGCCUGGUAGAUUUCACCGUUAUACUGGAUCGAUACGGCCUGAGAGCCGAUGCUCUAUUUUCUGAUGGAUUUAUGGCCCAAGUGGGUGAUCUGCAUGAUGAAAUAUUUUAUGAUGCAGAUUCAGACUUAGGAACAACAGGUGGUUCAGACUCCGCUGGACAAACUGCCUCAUCUUCAACGCCCCCGCCAGAUUUAAUCAAGUAUCGAUCCAUCGCGCAAAUACUUCCAUUACUUCAGUCUGAACUACUAGAGACAUUUCCGCAAGGAACUGCCACACUUGGCGACCUCCUCGCCGUUCAGUAUCGCCACAGAGACGAUGGCCGUAUUUUAGGAAAUAAUUCAUUUCCUAAUGACCCCGAAGCGUUAGACGGUUACGUUCGGCGAUAUUUAGAAUGGUGGCGUGGAGAAAGGGAGGCUGACGGCGUCACCAUUGAAGAGACGUAUAAGUGCCGUUCAUGUGAAUUUGCUGAGAGUUGCCAGUGGCGAAAAGAUAAAGAGGACGAAUUCCUACAGAAGAAACGAAAUACCCGUGUUCGAAAAUAA